GGCGCUCCCUCAGAGCCCCAGGACAGAGCCGCGCUCUCUUUCUCUUCGCCCAAAAUGGCGCCUGCUGUUGUCUACCUUUACUUCUGGCUCUUUGCUAUGGAAUUCUGGGAGUUGGAGUUUCUUGGGGGCACAGAGCAGUGUGUCUUUUUCUGCCCCUCCCUUGUAGCUCCUGCUACUGAUAACUAUGGUUGCUGCAGAAUGUUUUUCCCCACCUAGAAUCAGCCAUCUUUCUUUUCCUUCUGGUCGCAAUAGCAAAAAUGGGUCGACGAGCUCUUCCUGAUUACUUCCAUGAUGAAAAUCCCCAUAACAAGACCAGCUCUCCUGCUGCAGAGCGUCCAACAUCUAAACCUGAUGUCCGGGAAGGAGUUUGGUCUGGCUUGGCUGGUGUAAGUUCAUCCAAGUCAAAAAAGAAACCUGCAGAUCAAGAAGUUGAAGAUCAUCGUCUGAGGCAGCAGAGCUCUGAGGCAGCAGAUGAUGGAGGAGAUAUCCCAGUCAUCCCUGACUUAGAGGAGGUUCAAGAGGAAGACUUUGCCAUGCAAGUGGCAGCUCCACCCAGUGUUCAGGUGAACAGAGUGCUGACCUAUCGUGACCUGGACAAUGACCUCAUGAAAUAUGCUGCUUUCCAAACUUUGGAUGGAGAGAUUGACUUAAAGCUACUCAGUAAGGUUUUAGCUCCGGAGCAGGAAGUGCGAGAGGAUGAUGUCAGCUGGGAUUGGAACCAUCUCUACACAGAGGUUGCUUCAGAGCUCCUGAGCGAGUGGGAUUCAGGGCAAUCUGAAAAGGAGGAUGGCCUCAUUCUGAAUAAGAGCGUCUGAGCUUUGGCUGGCUGAUUUUGAAGUUGUCAAAAACACUACCACAUCUGUAGAUUAUUAAUAUUAUAUUUUUAAUUUAUAUUUUGUAUCUGAGGAGUUAUUUUUCAUCCACAUU